AUGGAGCACACCAUCCUUCCGCCGGACCAGAAACACAUUCAGAUCACCUAUAACGCCCGGGAGAAGGGAUACUACGACCACAGAGGCUUCGGAGAGUAUCCCACCAGACAAGGCUACAGUAAGCAUGAUCUUUCAGGCGAGAAUGGAUUUGGCGGCCGUAACGCCGAAGACGUCAAACAAUUCUUCCAGACAUGGCUGUUUUUCGGGCUCAUCAUUGAAUUCUUUGCCGCUUUCGGAAUGAAUGUUACUACUGAGCAAUUCUUGGCUCCGAGAACAGGCACCGAACAGAAUCGGAUAGUCGACACCAGCAGCCUGCCGGAUGUGCUCGUAAAAUUGAAAGAGUCUUGGGCAAAACCGAAGGAUCAGCCAACUGCAACGACUGUCAGCCAGAUGUUGACUCUGGCGCAGGACACCCUCGACCGGUUCUGCACAUAUGUCCCGAAAUCAUCCACAGCCAUCGACACGUCUCGGCCGUCGUGGCCGGUGUCAGACAGAGUGGCCAUGUCGAUCAUGGCCAUCUGCAGCACGCUCCGAGCGGCUGCUGCAGACAUAUUGGAUAUGGUGGUUACUCUCGAGGUUGAUAAAGGCACAGCCACCUCGUCACUGCUGCGUAGCCGGCUCGAGCAGAAAUGGUGCAAAUACGACGUGGCCGUGACCAUGGACAACUUCGAAGUGGAUGGACACUACUACCUGGCGGCCGCGCCAGGCCAGUCCGAUGAAUAUCUAGCUGCGCACGGCAGAUGCACAGAGGACGGGUGUGUCUUCGUCAUGGACGAGAAGGGUUACCUCACCCGACAUGCGCCCGAGUUUCACAAACCCGGAUGUGAAGAACGUAUUGGAUGGGGCGGUCAACUGGGCCCAGAGCGAACAAUGCACAGCUGGAUUGACGCCGUGUGCCAGAUCAUCGACCGGGAUGCCACUCCGUACAGUCUUUGGGUGGCGCAAUAUCGCAAAACAUGGUCCGUUGAGUAUCAUACGACGGGGAAAAGGAAGCCACCGUAUGUGGCAAUCUCACAUAUCUGGUCGGACGGUCUUGGAAACCCAGUCGAGAACUCGCUGCCUGAAUGCCAGCUGGAGCGGAUUCAGGGCAUGGUCGACAAGAUCAACUAUCCGGGCCGCAACGGCGAGAAAACGGUGGGCUUUUGGAUGGACACCCUGUGCGUCCCCGUCCAAGACCAGCUGAAAGCCUACCGCAAGAAGUCGAUUGCCAAUAUGCGCCACAUCUACCGGAAUGCCGUUGCUGUGCUGGUUCUGGACCCGUGGCUCCAGCAGAUCCCAUCUACAGCGACGACGCCCGAGAUCCUCGCGCGGCUCUGCCAGUCCGCUUGGCUCCGUCGACUGUGGACUCACCAAGAGGGAUUCCUGGCCAAAAACGUCUAUUACCAGUUUAAAGAUCAAGCCCUGCAUAUGAAGGACAUUGAGGAGCGGAGGAUACAUUACGAGGACGAACUAAAGGCGAAAGGGAUCUACUCAAAAUUCCUGAGCGAUGCGCAGAUCCAGGCCAUUGAACCAUAUUCCAUGCUCAAGAUGGCCAUCGAAUAUGAAGAUGAUGGCGAUGGGGUCAGGACGUUACCGGAGGAUGCAUUUGAAGCCCUGGUCUUGUCGCUCGAGCUCCGCCGCACAACCCGUGCAGGGGAUGAAACUCUCUGUUUGUCCAGCAUCCUCAGUCCCCUGGGCCUCGAUGUCAACACGUACCUGGAUAUCGUUGGCGAAAAUGUGGCAGAACGUCGCAUGGUCCAGUUUUACCAGGAUAUUCAACGGUUCGAUCCGAGGAUUGUGUUCAACACGUAUCCCAGGCUGAAUAUCGACGGCUUCAAGUGGGCGCCGACGUCGUUGAUAGGACACCGAUCCGAGGAGCUCAUGCGUAGAGGUGAGCACAACGAAGGCGAAGAGGUGGAUGUCGCAGAGGAGUUCGCCCAGUUGAAGCAGAUUGAUGGCAAAUGGGGUCUGCCGGUGAAGUAUCCUGGAUUCAUGUUUCGACUUGCCGGCGCAGCUGGUGUGCGGACAUUCGCCAUCUCCCACGGCUCCGCCACUGACGGUACAAUCGGCAACCUCCUGAACAGUUAUCUCCCUGCUACACCAGCCAAACUCUUGGAGAAGGCGGCCAGCAAGACCGCGUCGAGGUUUGGUGGAGUCUUGCCGUCGAAAGUCCUGCCCUAUCUUCCUGGCCGAACCCCGACGACAGCGGCCACCAGCGAGCACCUUCUGGUAAGGCUCUCCCAUGUCGAUAAUCAGUGGCACCCUGAUCCCCAUGAGUCCUACGGUCUGAUCAUGGCAUGUUCCCUGAAGCAAACGCUUGUUGGCAGUCGUGCAAUUGCUGUCCUCGGCUCAGUUGUCAAGGGCGCUUCUGCCGCCGGAGAGCAGUAUCUCCGCCUGAGCCAUGUCUGCCAUGCGACUGUGCAGAAACGCGGCGGCGGUCCUCCAAGUGAUGUGGAUUGUGUGACGGCAAACGAGCUAGGUGAGGAGACCGAGUGGUUCGUGGUGUGA